CUCCUCUCAGCUCGGGGAAAAUUCGAAAGAAUAGACUUUCCGCCAUUGGCAUCACAUUUGAGACGCUGCAUCUUCCGAUCUCGGACGGGGCGAUUCUGUCUGCUGCAGCCGAGCUUUGGCCGAAAGGACUUCUAGAUCUUUACAGAACAGGAUAUUUUCUGUAUCCUUCCCUGCUCUGCUCAUGCCUACCACAGGAAUAGGACUUCCUAAUAAUUUGCUGAAAGAAUUAAAGAAUAAGCCAGACCUGAAAUAAACUUCCAGUACCUACAGUAAAUGAAAUAGAAGAGGACUCCAUAUAACCCUGUAUUAAGAGGAAUGGAGAUUGCCUCUGUCCACUUAGAUUCAUAAGCUGUCCCGAAGUGAUCUUGGCCUCAGGGAAGGGAGUGUUCAGGCACAUUUCACCAUCAGCAUCACGGGAUGGCAGCCAUUGAUUUGUCCCAUGGCCUUCUUUCUAGAGAGCCUAUCUACAUCUAUGAAGAAAACACAGAGGUAGAAGAGACAGUGACUGACAACCAGGCAAAUUGUUACCAGGAUUCAGUGACCUUCGAUGAUGUGUCUGUGGAAUUCACCCAAGAUGAGUGGACGUUACUGGACCUGACUCAGAGAAACCUGUACAGAGAGGUGAUGCUGGAGAACUACGAAAACCUGACCUCCGUAGGAUGUCAGUUCUUCAUUCCUAGUCCGACCCCCUGGUUAAAACAAGAAGAAGAGUUCGAGACGGUGGAAAUUACAGUUCCUCAACAAUUGGAAUUACAACCCGAUGAUUCAGAGCUUCCGGAUUACUUUAAGAUGCCAAGUUCCAGUGCAGUAGAAAUGGUAGCUGAUUCAGCCCUUCCUCAACAGUCAGGAAACCACAGUGAAGGUGACUUGUGUGACUCUAAGCCAUGUGGAGAAGUGCUGGGUGAACAAUUAUGCCUUAACCCAGAGGUGAGCAUGCAGAGCCAAGGAUACAGUUCUGAGUGUAACUGGUAUGGGAAAGACAUUCUUUCUUUGCUCAAGGAAACCUCUACUGGACAGAACAUUUCUGAGCUUAAUCAGUGUGGAAAAAUCUUCAGUCUGACGCCAAACAUCAUAUACCCGAGCACUAGCACAAAUGAGAAACCCUUUGAAUGCACAGACUAUGACACAGUCUUUUUUAAUCAGCCAUACUUUCAGGCAGAUAUGAGGCCUCAGAAUGGAGGAGAACCAUUUGACUGGAAUAAAUAUGGGAAUGGUUUUAUUCAUCCCACAAGCUUUGCUAUGCAUCUUCCAAUUCUCAAUGCAAGAACCCCCUACAAAUUUGAGGAAUGUGGAAAGGAUUUUCAAUAUUUUGCAUGCCUUAAUAAUCCCAUGGGAAUGUGCACUGGAGAAAAAUUCUGUGACUGCAAGGAAUGUUGGAAAGCCUUCACGGUUUCCUCACACCUAACUCAAUAUGUCUCAAUUCAUACUGAAGAAAAAUCCAAAGUAUGUAAGAUAUGUGGGAAGUCCUUUGCUAAUUUUUCUCGACUUUCUGCACAUGUAAAAACUCAUAAUGAAGAAAAGCCCUUUGUAUGCAAGGAGUGUGGAAAGGCCUUUAAAAAUAUGUCAUACCUUAAUGAUCAUGUUAGAAUUCACACUGGAAUAAAAUCAUACAAAUGUAUGGAAUGUGGGAAAGCCUUCCUUCGAUGGUCAGGCCUCACUGAACACAUAAGAGUUCACACUGGGGAAAAGCCUUACGAGUGUAAGGAAUGUGGAAAAACCUUUUCUAGAUCUACUCAGCUUACUGAACAUAUAAGAACACACACUGGAAUCAAACCUUAUGAAUGUAAGGAGUGUGGGAAAGCCUUCACUCAGUACUCAGGCCUUGCCACACAUGUACGAAUUCAUAGUGGAGAGAAGCCCUUUGAAUGUAAGGAAUGUGGGAAGGCCUUUACCAGGACCUCUGGCCUGAUUCAUCAUGUGAGAACUCACACAGGAGAGAAGCCUUUUGAAUGUGUUCAUUGUGGGAAAACCUUCAUAACUUCCUCCCAUCGCACAAAACAUUUGAAAAUUCACAGUGGCGAAAAGCCCUUUGUAUGUAAUGUAUGUGGGAAAGCAUUUAUAUAUUCCACAUCCCUUAACAUUCACAUGCGAACCCAUACUGGAGAGAAGCCCUAUAUAUGUAAACAGUGUGGGAAAGCAUUUGCUGUUUACUCACGUCUAAGGAAACAUAGCAGAGUUCACACUGAAGAGAAGCCCUAUCAAUGUGAGGGUAUGAGUGUUACUAUUUAGCCCAUCUGUUGCCACCUUUAAAUAUUGACAGUGACACCAAAGAUCAUCAAGUUAGUCUUAGCUGCUUUGUGUGGGUUAUAAUGGCUCACAUUGGCCUUAGACAUCAUCCUAAUUUUAUGAAAUAGGAUUAUUUAGGUGCCCCCUCAAACUUUUCUUCUUUUGGACAGUUUUGAGGAUUGACCUAGAAUAUCACACAUGCUAGGCAAGCACUCAAUCACUGAGCUACAUCCCUGGAACCUUUUCAUGAAUAUCUGAAUCUGAGCAUUUGUGGGUCAUAAAUGAGGCCAGUAUACAAGAUGGCCUCAUUCUGAUGCUUGACUCUUAGUGAUUAUAACAUUUCUAACUGCUAUGAAAUAAUGAAACAGAUUGGACCCUUUUGUGGGUUAGUGUCUUUUUAAUGUGAAAAUUCACAAGCCAAGGUAAUAUAGGACAAGUGUGGAUUGUGGAAAGACACAAUCCAGGCAACUACUUUGACCCCACUGAUUCCAGUAAGCAUCCCAAGAAUUAGUCCUCAUCCGUUCUUAGUAGCCAAUCUAUUUACAGAUUUAUUCCUGUGUUCCUUCAUAAAAUUCAGAAAGUACAUUCUAUCCUACCUUUUGGACCUGUUUCUGAUUGAAGUGGCAGUAACUUUGUUCUCAGUGUGGUUGAGAUUGAUAAUCUGAGGGCUUUAUGGAUGCUAGGUAAGUGCUCUGCUGCUAAGCUGCAUCCCUCGCUGGCUCUUAACAGAUUUCUCAGUUACUGUAAUGUGGGUUAGCUGAGAGUUUAACAACUCCCUCUUAGCUUCAGUGGUCUCUCCUUUUACAUUUUACUAAAAGUACUCAAGAGGAAUCAGGUUGUUCCUUUUGAAUUACAGCUGUCACAUAAAUUUCCAGUUUUAUCACAAUCUCUAGCUUCACACAAAUUACAAGAAUAACAGUUCUGCAUUGCAUAUGUAAUGUCUUUGUUACCAUUACACAUCACUGAUUAGUUUUUCUUCAUGUUCCUCCUUCCUAAGGGAGUCCUCACCAGAAUAACCUGUACCUAUCCCUCAAGUAGUUUUUAAGCUACUUGUAUCUGUUUUAAGUAUGUUUUACUGCAAUGCCUCAGUAUCAUAAAACACCAUAGCCAGCACUGGCAAAAUGGCUCAGAAGGUAAAUGUGCUUUACCUGGUUUAAAUGAAAUCAGGAACUGAGUUCGAUCCCAGGACCCUGUCUUGUGAAAGGAGAGAGAGCUGCCGCAAGUUGUCCUCUGCUUGUACAUGCAUGCCACAGCUUUCACACACAUCACACAGAACAGCAGAAAUCAAGGUCUGCACAUUCACUCUAAAAGAAUGGUAUGGGGUCCGCAUGACGUUUUCGUGUAUCUAUGUAUUACUGUAUGUUCUCAUUAGCUCACCACUUUCUGGAUAAAAUUUUAGGGCUGUGGAUUUAGCUCAGUGGUAAAAGUCCUUGCCUAGCAUAUGCAAAGCUAGUUUUUAUCUCCAGCCCUGGACAGAUAAUGUAAAGCAAAUUAUUUCCUCAUACAAGAAGAGCAUGGGAGCUAGUGAAUGGUUCAGAGGGAAAAGCUCUUGCCAUGCAAACUUGAGGACCAGAAUUUGGAUCCUGUAAUUCCAAUGCUUGGGAAACAAGAUGGGAACGGAAUCCUCAUGUGAUUUAGGUAACUAGGUUACUUGAAUCCAUGAGCUUCAGUGCAGCAAGAGACCCCGCUUCAAUAAAUAAAAUGGGAAGUGAUUGGGGACACCUGAUAGUAUCUUCUGGCUUUCACAUGCCACAUGCAAAUGUGUAAACACACCAGCAUGCACAUACACACACAUUAAAAAUAAUAGCAUGCUUGACUCUGGUGCAGACUCGUCCUGGCAUGCGAUCACUUUGACAUGACAAAGCCUGAGAUGAGGCUUUUUUCCUCUUCUGAUAAGAUUGCAGCCUUGUUGGGUGAGGUUUCCACUUAUUACCCUCGACUAUCAAAUGAAAUUCUAAAGACCCUACCUGGACAAUCAUGUGCGGUGUAUAUUUAACCAGAAUUUGAGAGGGUCAACAGUACAUAUAGAUUCUUUUGAUUUACCAGAUAGGUAGUCAUAUCUGUAGAUAAUAAUGGUAUUUUUUUUCUAUUUUAGUUGUUUUUUUUUUUUUUUUACAGAAAUGAGUAUGAUGUCCAGGACACUAGUGAAAGUAGUAAAAGCAUAUUUUUCUGUAGAAUUAUAAUGAUAUAUGCUCUCCAUUAUACUGAUUUGCUUAUUAGAUAGAAGGGUUUUUUUAAUAUCUGAAUUUUGCAUAAUGAUUUUAUAGUAUUUCUUUAUUUGUGAAGUAAAAUUCCUCUUGGAUUCAUGAAUUGCUUUUCCUAUGUCCUCUGUGAUGACCAUACUCAUUUGCUGGUAAGAGUAAAGUACCUAGGAUUUCCUUGGUUCAUAAUGCCUAAUAAAUACUGGAAUGAGUAAAAGGACUCUAAAAUAAAGGCAGUCAUUUAUUAAUAGUGAUGAUAUAUUAGUUGUUUUAUAUUAACCUUAAAUUCCUAGAUGUAUCCAACUUGGACAUAAGGAUCAUUUUUGUUUUGUAUGAUUGCUGGGGACUCAAACAAACCCAGGACUAGCAAGCACUCUGCCACUGAGCUACAAUUUAAGCCAUUUAUUCACAUAAAGAUUAUCAUAGCUAUCCUUGAGUAACAUUGCAUAUAAGUCCUCCUUGUGCAAGAAGAAAUGGAGUAUGGAACAGGUAGAGUGCCUGUUUAGCAGUGUUCAAGACCCUCAGUCCUCAGCACCACUAAAACAAACUUUACAGCUAAAAACCUGUAGAUUAGAACAGUGUCAUAUACUACAGUGAAGUGUAUUCCUCACUUUUCUAAAUCCCCAAUUUGUUGAGUUCUCCUGAGCUAGAAUAAUUGAUACUUUUGGGUACCUGUAUUCUGUCUUCUUAAAUUCUUCGGAAUCUUUUAUGUUUAUAGGACACCUAAUAUUUACACUAUAAUUUAAAAUCUUCUUGAGUAUAUUUUUCUUAGGUGUGCUUUCAUUUUGACAUAUGAAACAAAAAUUUAUUUUUUCUUGUAUUCCUAAUAUUUCCUGGUUGUAUAACUAACUUUACUUUGAGUCUAUCUUCAUUCUGCAGUGAUUUCUUUGUAUUUACAUUGAGUUAACCUUGAAAGUAUCCAGUAUUCUUUUGGCCUGUAUCUGUCUCAAGCAGAGUGUGUUGACACACUCUGUAAUCUUAGGGAUUGGAAGCCAAGGCAGGAGGAUCACAGAUUUAAGGGUAGUUUGAGCCUAGGCUACUUUGUGAAACACUGUUUUAAAAAUACAAAAGCCCUGAUUAAAACAGAAAAAACAAAACCAAAUGCAACCAGAGGUGGAGUUGGGGGCCUGAUAAAUAAUUUGGGAGGGCAAAAUUGUCUUGAAAUAUUUAAACUUUCUGAUAUAGUUUUUAUUCCAUUGACUCUGGUAGGUAUUUACAUGGCUAUAUAUAAGCUUUCUUUUUGUAUCCUUAGUUACAAAAAUUUUGGGGGGGGGGUGCUAAGAUUCAAACUUAGGGCUUUGCACAUGCUAACCACUGACUUAUAUCCCAGUUGUAGAUGUCUUUUAUACAUACUUUAGUUGAAGUUUAAAACUCUGAAUACUUGAAAAAUCCAGAUUAACAAUUCUUUUUAGACCAUUAUGUAUAAUGCAAUUAGUAACAAAUUGGAAUUUUAGCAACUUGUUUUUCUUCUGUAUUUGUUGCAUGUACCUUCUCUUUGUAAUGAUGUUUUCAUUGAAAUUUUACCCAGUGCUUGAAAUUUAUGUACUCCAUUUGCUUUUAGUUGCUAUUCUAAAACAUUAAAUUCAGUUUUAAA